UUCGACCAACCAGAAUAAGUUAAUUAACUAGCAGAGAGUAUCUGUUGAUUCAUUGACAUGGGAUUUUCUGAUGAACAGGAGUUCAAGAUUAGAAACAAACAUGUCAACAAUUUGUGGCAUUGUGUCACGACUGACGAAGACUUCUCAUCUUGAUAUCAUAUACUAGAUUCUUCAAGGUUCAAUCAGUUUGUCUGAUGACCAGGCAACAAAACUGUCAACUCUUUGUUGUCUUAUUCAGUUUACCUUGGGUACAUUUCACUUCAGAUUGCCAUGGUCAUAUCACCAAGCAAAAGAAAAAGAAAAUCUAGCAAGUUUGAGUGCCAGCCUGACCUUCUGCUGGCUGUUGUAGCUUUUUCCAAACCAAUCAGUGUUCACCACACCCCAAGCUCGUGAAUCUGCAUCUAUCAUAUCACUCCAUUCCCAGAAAGGGAUCGAUUUUUCUUCUUCCUAGCAACACAUACGUGUCCAGGCAUUCUUACAUUGGACGCGAAUCAUUUCUUUGCUGGCAAUGGCAUGAGAUCUGAAGAAAGUUCUCGACCUCUUAUCAGGACCAGGUAUUUUUUCUUCUCCUUUAUUUUAAUACUGUGCUUUGAUCAUCCUCAUGCUACGUUGUUUUUAAAAUUGUUGAGAUUGUUGAACGCAAACUGAAAAUAGGAAAUUUUUUUUGUUUAAUUAGCUUAAAAUAGUAACAGCAGCACACCAUCCACACAUGCUUUAGAUCUC